GGACUUGUGGUUCACCUUAGCCAAUGUAUAGUGGGUGGGAUUGACUGAGCAGUUGCUCUAGCAGGAUAAAUAGGAGCACCGUCCCCUCACUCCCAGCUCCCCCAUUAUAUCCACAUGUGAGAGACCAGUCCCAGGAGCUGACGCUCUAAUAGAGCCGGCCCCUCACUCCCAGCCCCCCCAUUAUAUCCACAUGUGAGAGACCGGUCCCAGGAGCUGACGCUCUAAUAGAGCCGGCCCCUCACUCCCAGCCCCCCCAUUAUAUCCACAUGUGAGAGACUGGUCACAGGAGCUGACACUCUAAUAGCACUGUCCCCUCACUCCCAGCCCCCCCCCCAUUAUAUCCCAUGUGAGAGACCGGUCCCAGGAGCUGACGCUCUAAUAGAGCCGACCCCUCACUCCCAGCCCCCCCAUUAUAUCCACAUGUGAGAGACUGGUCACAGGAGCUGACACUCUAAUAGCACUGUCCCCUCACUCCCAGCCCCCCCCCCCCAUUAUAUCCCAUGUGAGAGACCGGUCCCAGGAGCUGACGCUCUAAUAGAGCCGGCCCCUCACUCCCAGCCCCCCCAUUAUAUCCACAUGUGAGAGACUGGUCACAGGAGCUGACACUCUAAUAGCACUGUCCCCUCACUCCCAGCCCCCCCCCCAUUAUAUCCCAUGUGAGAGACCGGUCCCAGGAGCUGACGCUCUAAUAGAGCCGGCCCCUCACUCCCAGCCCCCCCAUUAUAUCCACAUGUGAGAGACCAGUCCCAGGAGCUGACGCUCUAAUAGAGCCGGCCCCUCACUCCCAGCCCCCCCAUUAUAUCCACAUGUGAGAGACUGGUCACAGGAGCUGACACUCUAAUAGCACUGUCCCCUCACUCCCAGCCCCCCCCAUUAUAUCCCAUGUGAGAGACCGGUCCCAGGAGCUGACGCUCUAAUAGAGCCGGCCCCUCACUCCCAGCCCCCCCAUUAUAUCCACAUGUGAGAGACCAGUCCCAGGAGCUGACGCUCUAAUAGAGCCGGCCCCUCACUCCCAGCCCCCCCAUUAUAUCCACAUGUGAGAGACUGGUCACAGGAGCUGACACUCUAAUAGCACUGUCCCCUCACUCCCAGCCCCCCCCAUUAUAUCCCAUGUGAGAGACCGGUCCCAGGAGCUGACGCUCUAAUAGAGCCGGCCCCUCACUCCCAGCCCCCCCAUUAUAUCCACAUGUGAGAGACCAGUCCCAGGAGCUGACGCUCUAAUAGAGCCGGCCCCUCACUCCCAGCCCCCCCAUUAUAUCCACAUGUGAGAGACUGGUCACAGGAGCUGACACUCUAAUAGCGCCGUCCCCUCACUCCCAGCUCCCCCAUUAUAUCCCCAUGUGAGAGACCGGUCCCAGGAGCUGACGCUCUACUAGAGCCGUCCCCUCAUUCCCAGCUCCCCCAUUAUAUCCCCAUGUGAGAGACCGGUCCCAGGAGCUGACGCUCUACUAGAGCCGUCCCCUCAUUCCCAGCUCCCCCUAUUAUAUCCCUAUGUGAGAGACCGGUCCCAGGAGCUGAAGCUCUAAUAGCACCGUCCCCUCACUCCCAGCUCCCCCAUUAUAUCCUCAUGUGAGAGACCAGUCCCAGGAGCUGACACUCUAAUAGCACCGUCCCCUCACUCCCAGCUCCCCCCAUUAUAUCCCCAUGUGAGAGACCGGUCCCAGGAGCUGACGCUCUAAUAGCACCGUCCCCUCACUCCCAGCUCCCCCCAUUAUAUCCCCAUGUGAGAGACCGGUCCCAGGAGCUGAUGCUCUAAUAGCACCGGCCCCUCGCUCCCAGCUCCCCCAUUAUAUCCUCACGUGAGAGACCAGUCCCAGGAGCUGACGCUCUAAUAGAGCCGUCCCCUCACUCCCAGCUCCCCCAUUAUAUCCCCAUGUGAGAGACCGGUCCCAGGAGCUGACGCUCUAAUAGAGCCGGCCCCUCACUCCCAGCUCCCCCAUUAUAUCCCCAUGUGAGAGACCGGUCCCAGUAGCUGACGCUCUAAUAGCACCGUCCCCUCACUCCCAGCCCCCCCAUUAUAUCCACAUGUGAGAGACUGGUCACAGGAGCUGACACUCUAAUAGCACUGUCCCCUCACUCCCAGCUCCCCCAUUAUAUCCCCAUGUGAGAGACCGGUCCCAGGAGCUGACGCUCUAAUAGAGCCGGCCCCUCACUCCCAGCUCCCCCAUUAUAUCCCCAUGUGAGAGACCGGUCCCAGGAGCUGACGCUCUAAUAGCGCAUUCCCCUCACUCCCAGCUCCCCCAUUAUAUCCUCAUGUGAGAGACCGGUCCGAGGAGCUGACGCUCUAAUAGAGCCGGCCCCUCACUCCCAGCUCCCCCAUUAUAUCACCAUGUGAGAGACCGGUCCCAGGAGCUGACGCUCUAAUAGCACCGUCCCCCUCAAUCCCAGCUCCCCCCAUUAUAUCCCCAUGUGAGAGACCGCUCCCAGGAGCUGACGCUCUAAUAGCGCCGUCCCCUCACUCCCAGCUCCCCCCAUUAUAUCCCCAUGUGAGAGACCGGUCCCAGGAGCUGAUGUUCUAAUAGCACCGGCCCCUCACUCCCAGCUCCCCCAUUAUAUCCCCAUGUGAGAGACCGCUCCCAGGAGCUGACGCUCUAAUAGCGCCGUCCCCUCACUCCCAGCUCCCCCCAUUAUAUCCCCAUGUGAGAGACCGGUCCCAGGAGCUGACGUUCUAAUAGCACCGUCCCCUCACUCCCAUCUCCUCCAUUAUAUCCCCAUGUGAGAGACCGGUCCCAGGAGCUGACGCUCUAAUAGUGCCGUCCCCUCACUCCCAGCUCCUCCAUUAUAUCCCCAUGUGAGAGACUGGUCCCAGGAGCUGACACUCUAAUAGCACCGUCCCCUCACUCCCAGCUCCCCCAUUAUAUCCUCAUGUGAGAGACCAGUCCCAGGAGCUGACGCUCUAAUAGUGCCGUCCCCUCACUCCCAGCUCCCCCAUUAUAUCCCCAUGUGAGAGACCGGUCCAAGGAGCUGACGCUCUAAUAGCGCCGUCCCCUCACUCCCAGCUCCUCCAUUAUAUCCCCAUGUGAGAGACCGGUCCCAGGAGCUGACGCUCUAAUAGCGCCGUCCCCUCACUCCCAGCUCCCCCAUUAUAUCCCAUGUGAGAGACCGGUCCCAGGAGCUGACGCUCUAAUAGCGCAUUCCCCUCACUCCCAGCUCCUCCAUUAUAUCCCCAUGUGAGAGACCGGUCCCAGGAGCAGAUUGUUGCUGACUUGGUGCCUCCACCUCACUGUGCCUCAUGGCAGUGACAGCCAUAGUGCUAGGUACUGUGGUGUCCGCAUCGUCUCAUCCUCCUGGUAGCUGAGGCUAUAGAGCUGAGAUGUGUAUGGGUAACAGUACCGUGUCCUCGGCUGCGGUCUCUGCACGUGUUCUCUGCACAUGUUCCCAGCUAUAGGGGUGUCUCUGUAUAAUAAUGAGGGACCGGGGGCAGCUGCCAUAGACACACACACAGGACGCUGUAAUCUCUAUCCACAAUGCUUAUCCCAGCGCUACCUAGAUGCGGUCCUCAAGCCACCCCAACAGUCCAGGGUUUACGGAUAUCCCUGCUUGUGCACAGGUGGUAUUCUCAGAGUGACUGAGCCUGUUCCAGGAGCUCCCAGUAUAUCAUGGAGAAAGUCCGCUGCUCGGAUCACGGAUGUCUGUGUGUUUUAAAAACUGGAACCCGGGAAGGUCCCAACAAAGGGAAGAGUUUCUAUAUCUGUUCUGCCAGUCGCCGCACUCCCUGCCCAUUUAUCCAGCCUGCAGAUCUCCCGGCAUCGUACUGUCUGCUGCACGAGGAUUACCUGGUGGAGCUGCAGGCGCUGGUGACACAGGACUCUGGGGACUACAGCCUGUACUAUCGCUGUAUGAAGAGUAGGAGUGACGGGAAGAAGUACUGUGGAAAUAUCCCUUGGCAGGAGUCGAAGCAGAAGCCAGUUCCGAGGUCUGAGCUUCUUUUUGGGAAUAUGGACAAACCUCAGAGAAAUCCCUUUAGGGUCAUCAAUGAAGAACUUACACCUGGUGUAUGGAAACAGGUUGCCAAAGAUAAAAAGAACUGCUCCGAGGACAUUAACCGCCGAGAUAAUGAGAUGAACCUCACCGAUGGUGGAAUGAAGAGUAGCCGUGAGGAGAAGUCUGAUCACAACUGGAAGAAGAGCAGCGAGAAGUCUGACCGGGACAGGAAGAAGAGCAGUGAGGAGAAGUCUGAUCACAACUGGAAGAAGAGCAGCGAGAAGUCUGACCGGGAUGGGAAGAAGAGCAGUGAGGAGAAGUCUGAUCACAACUGGAAGAAGAGCAGCGAGAAGUCUGACCGGGACGGGAAGAAGAGCAGUGAGGAGAAGUCUGAUCACAACUGGAAGAAGAGCAGUGAGGAGAAGUCUUAUGACCGGGAUGGGAAUACUACAAAUCAUAAGAAGUGUGACCAGAACAUUGUGAAGGACAUUUAUCACAAGUCUGAGGUGGUACAAUUGUCUGGUGAUGCAGAGAGCCAGGGUGUAGUGGAAAGGAAACCCAAGGAGAAAAACCAGAGCUCUGAGGUGAGAAGAACGGAAGAAGUGCAGAGCAGUGAGGGACACAAGGGUGUAAACAAAGAUGUCACAAGGGAAGAGGCAGCUUCCUUCCAUGGCUGGAGAGAACAGGACUUUCCUCCUGGGCUCAAAAUCAAGAAGAAGCUUCCAGAUGUGGUUGGAGACAUCAUUCACAAGGAAGGAGUCGCCGUGGCCCGUAGCAGGGAACCAGGGCAGAAGUACCCAGAUGGUGCGGGACCAAAGUGUGUAGAGUAUAGAACAUCUCAGCUCUCUGAGAGAGCGCCCCCAUCCUCAUUGGGUGAGGAUCAACUAGAGCCUCCCAAAUUGUGCUCUGAUGGCAUGAAGGACGGUGGGCAGGAAGCCAUCUGUAGCGAGAAGGACGAUGAUGAUGAUGUUGUGUUUGUUAGCGCUCAAUGUGGAAAGGAUAAAGUGGCUGCAUUGAGGACAUCAGGAGGAGGGAAGCAGAGAACCAUCACCUCCUUCCCCGGGUUCACCCCACCGGCGGAGACGCAGAACCCGGCCGUACUGCACUCUCUGCUCACCGCACAGCUCCAGCAGAAGAAGACUACCUUGGCAUCAGUGAAUCUGAAGGCGCUGCCGGACGGUGGAGAAAGGCUACGGAAGCAGGUCCAGGAUCUGGAAGAUGCUCUGGGGUCUCUUUCCCUUAUCGCCGAGGCCACGGAGGAGCAAGGGAGCAACCAAGAAAUGAAGCAGAAGGCAAGCCUGGACACUGUCACCACAUUCAGCAGACCAGGUCUGGCAGAGGAAAAGCCGGGCGUUAAACCGCUGUCCUUCCAUCAGCUCCCCCCAAGUUCCCUCGGCGUCCACGGGUCCGGAUCAGCUCUCGGCUCCAUCCAGAACUACAGCAACUUGUAUGGAGCCCCUCAGUGGCAGAACCUCUAUGGGGGGCGGAUGACUGAGGAGCGGCUCUUCGCCGUUAGGAAUGCGACAAGUGAGGUCAUUGAUCACCUGCACAAGAGCCUGGAGUCCUGUCCCGCUCCCGAAAGUACUGCUGAGGAUCCAGCAGGGUUAAAGGUCCCUCUGCUCCUGCACCAGAAACAGGCGCUGGCGUGGCUGCAAUGGAGAGAGAACCAGAGGCCGCAGGGGGGAAUUCUCGCAGAUGAUAUGGGCCUGGGGAAGACGCUGACGAUGAUCGCCCUCAUACUGGCUCAGAAACGUGGACAGAAGAUGAAGGACGAGGGGAAGAAGCUAGAGUCGUGGAUCUCCAAAACAGAUUCCACCCUGAUGGUCUGUCACGGGACCCUGAUCAUCUGCCCGGCCUCGCUGGUUCACCACUGGAAGAAGGAGGUGGAGAAGAGAGUGCGUGAUGGCAAACUGCGCGUCUACCUGUAUCAUGGCCCCAACAGGGAGAGGAACUGCGCAGUGCUGGCGCAGUAUGAUAUCGUCGUCACCACCUACAGCCUGGUAUCAAAAGAGAUUCCCACCAAGAAGGAGGAAGGAGAAGUCCCAGCUAAGGACCAUGACCUGGGGGAUGAGUCAGCGCCCUCCCCUCUCCUGCGUCUGGCCUGGGCUCGCAUCAUCCUGGAUGAGGCUCACAACAUUAAGAACCCGAAGGUCCAGACUUCCAUGGCGGUGUGUAAGCUGAGAGCCGGGGCCCGGUGGGCAGUGACGGGGACCCCCAUACAGAAUAACCUGUUGGAUCUGUACUCUCUCCUGCGGUUCCUGCGCUGCGCCCCAUUUGACGAGUACAAGUUGUGGAAGAGUCAGGUGGAUAAUGGCAGCAGGAGGGGAGGAGAGCGGCUGAAUAUCCUGACCAAGAGCCUGCUCCUGCGGAGGACCAAGGACCAGCGGGACCACACCGGCAGACCCCUGGUGGUGCUCCCCCAGCGGAGCAGUGUCUUACACCAGCUGACGCUGUCUGAGCCGGAACAGGCCGUGUACGAUGUGAUCUUUGCCAGAUCCAGAUCUACUCUGCAGAAUUACUUGAAGAGACAUGAGGGGGCGUCACACAUCCCGUCUGGGGCGGCAGAUAACCCGUUUGAGAGAGUUGCUCAGGAGUUUGGCAGCAGUCAGAGUGAGUUCUCUUGUGCGCCCGUCUCCCAGGGUUCCAGCACGGUGCACAUCCUGUCCCUGCUCCUCCGCCUCCGCCAGUGCUGCGGUCACCUCUCCCUGCUGAGGACGACUCUCGACCAGCAGGAGCUGAGAAGUGAGGGGCUGAGCCUGACGCUGGAGGAGCAGCUGAGCGCCCUGACCCUGUGUCACCUGGAGACCCCUGACCCCAAAUCCACCGUUUCCCUGAACGGGACCAAGUUCCAGGCUGAGCUGUUUGAGAGUGAGAGCCGGAGCACAAAGAUCGAUUCCCUUAUCUCAGAGCUGAAAGCCAUAAACGCUGGACCUGAGCCGCAGAAGAGCGUCAUAGUGUCUCAGUGGACCGGCAUGCUGAAGAUUGUGGCUGCGCAUCUAAAGCGCAUCGGACUCUCCUACGCCACUAUCGACGGCUCCGUCAAUCCCAAACAGCGGAUGGAGGUUGUGGAAGAGUUUAACGUGAACUCCCGAGGACCCCAGGUCAUGCUGGUUUCCCUGUGUGCCGGUGGCGUUGGUUUAAACCUGAUUGGCGGAAACCACCUCUUCUUGUUGGACAUGCACUGGAAUCCGGCGCUGGAGGAUCAGGCUUGUGAUCGAAUCUACCGAGUGGGACAACACAAGGACGUGGUCAUACAUCGGUUUGUGUGCCAGGGGACGGUGGAGGAGAAAAUCACUCAGCUCCAAGACAGGAAGAAAGAUUUGGCCAAGAAGGUUUUGUCUGGAAACGGCAGCACGUUCACCAAACUCACCCUCGCUGACCUGCGGCUGCUGUUCGGGAUGUAACCAGUCUACGUCUGUCCGGCCGGUGAUCCGCCUUAGUACGGGUGCUCCGGUUACCGGAAUUACCGGUUUUCUGAUGAAUGCAAAUGACAAUUCUUACUGAUGGGAAUUGAACUGUCCUCUCUCUAUUUAUUUAUGUGGUGCUUUUUCUUACAUAUGUUAUACUGUAUAUGUCUGUUAUGUGUGUUAUGUAAUAAAGCAGCGCGUUUUUAUAUAAUGA